AUGGAGCAAGACUUAGUUCUUUAUAAAUGCAGCGAUCUCUACGACCCAGUUAUCCAAAUGGUGAGAUGCUGGGUAGCGUUUUGCCAUAUCCAAGGAUAUAAAGAAUGUGAAAGUGAAUAUUAUUGGAAUGCUGUUGGGAAUCUACCUGUUUUAAGGUAUGAAAGAUCCGUUUUCGCUAAAGAGCAUAUUUUGGAGUUUCUUAAAAUUGCUUAUGAUAUUAAUUUCAAUUUAACUGAAGAAGAAAGAAGAGAAUCUACCUUAUUAGAAGAAAUAUGUGUCAGCAAAAUUCAUCCAGGCACUAUAUUUGCUAUGUGGAUUGAUGAAAGCACGAGCAAAGGAUUUUAUGAGAAAAGUAAGAGCAAAAUUUGGAAAUUCUUGAUGAAGCCUUUUGCAAAAUUAGGGUUUUGGGUAGAAAAAAGAAAUAUUAAAGACUAUUUGAAGUAUCAGCAUGGCUUUACCUCAAAAACAAAUGCAUUCUCCCAUAUCCAUCAAGCUCAUCAGCUCUUAAGCGAAAAACUAGGAAAUCAAGCAUUUUUCUUCCAAACAAUGGAUAGAGCGAAUUUCCCAAGAAGCGCAGACAUUACCAUUUAUGCCUACUUAUUAGAAGAAAUCAUAUACUUACACUCCCAUCCUCAUGUUACAGAUUCUUUAAAUAGCUUCCCAAAUCUACUGAAUUUUAUGAAAAGGAUGAAAAAUUUAUUAUCAAUAAAUAACCCAAAAAAAGAAAUCCCAGAAUAUAGUCUUGUGUAUGGGUAUUUUUUGCAUCCUCCUAGCAAUGAAGAUCAAGAAUACUACCCACCUGCAAUAGCAAUCAAGCCUUAUCAAGAGAAUAAUUGGGAACAGAUUAAGUAUAAACUUCAAGGCCAAACUCCAACCUUAAAAGCAUCUGUAGAAGAUGCUACUAGAAGAAGGAUUUAUGUGACUAGCGUCUCUGCAAUCUUAUUUCUCUUUAUAUAUUUAAGAUUCAAUAAACACUAG